GAGGAAGCAUUAAUUCGUGUCCAGAUACGAGUUUGCAUCUUUUGCGAAAAUGAAGGCAUUCAUCCUUUGCACGCUCUUUGCUGCUAGCCAGGCUGCAGUACUUUUCAGUGCUCCAGCUCUUCUUAGUACAGGAGCAAGUACCCAGUAUAGAGCUCAAGAUAGCAUAGGAAAUUACAACUUUGGCUAUGAUGAGGGUCAUCUCUCAGGAGGAACUUUCCGAAAAGAGUCUGGAGAUGUCUUUGGAAACAAAAUCGGAUCUUAUGGUCUGAGGGACGCUGAUGGACGUCAAAGGAUCGUCAACUACGUUGCCGAUGCCGCUGGAUUCCGUGCUGAUAUCAAGACGAAUGAGCCUGGAGUCGAGCCCAAGGAUCCCGCUGCUACUACCAUCAACAAAGCUUUAAUAUCCGCCCCUGCACCUGUCUUGGCCACCUACGCUGCAGCCCCUGCCAUCACAUAUGCCGCCGCCACUCCUGCUCUCACUUACGCUGCUCAUCCCCUCUCUUAUGCAGCAGCACCUUUGGCUCAUUAUGGAUAUUAUAACAAAGCAGCUCUUUUUAGCCCAUUUCUGCACUGAUAGAAGGAAAUGACAAAUUCCUUGCCAUGAUCUCAUCUGAAGCUUUACACUUGAAUAUGUUCCUUGUUGUGCCAAAUGACUACAGUGAAAAAUAAAAUGAUAAAAUGAAUAAUA